ACGUAUAGAGAUUACAAACAUGACUAAAUGAAUGACAAAAAUUUGGAUUGGAACUCAGUUAACAUGGCACCUCUUUUCUAUUAUAACAACAGCUGAUGUUGAUGAGUAUAGUAGUCCACGAAAAUCUUGUAAUGACGCUGUGGUUAUGUUCAUCACAGUCAAACACCUGGAUUAUUUUCAGUGAGCUUUCAAGGUUUCGGACUGCGAAAGACAUAUAGAACUGCAGCCAUGGACCAGAAGCCACCUGUAUGGAUGAAAAAAGAGGAAACAGAUGAAGUACCAUCUGAGUCAGGCUCCAUGUUUGCUGAAGAUCUAUUGGAACUAUCUUGGUCCACUGAUUUUGUGAAGGAAGAUCCUGGAGUAAAUGUUGAAGUGAAUGUGACAGAGAAUAUCGUGACAACCUCAAAAAGAUACACAUCUGAUAGUGCAAGACUGAUUCAAAGUGCUAGUGGGAGCUGCGGCAUUUCAUGUGAAGAAACUUAUCACCAUGGACUGGUCAAGGAUGAAUCGGAGGUAGGCAGAGAGAAGUCAACACAUGAGUUUGAUACUCAUACAGAAGAAUUAACUGUGAAUGAGGAUAGCUCAUUUGUCACCAGAUAUGAUUGUGGUAUGAGGGAAAAGGAAUUUCAUGUGUAUAGUUGUAAUUUCUGCCUACAGAGCUUUACUUCAAAAUACAGGCUGAUAAUGCACGUGUUUAUGCACAUUGAUGGCACGCAGCCACCUUUGUAUGUUUGUAAGUGGUGUGGUGAGGUAUUUCACAGCAAUGUCAGCUUGAAUCAACAUUGGAGAAUGAGUGACAAUUAUAAAAUCUUAACUGCCGGCAAUCAUGAGAAAUAUGGCUGUAGUGAUGAGCCCCAAAGCAGUACCUCCUUGGACAGUGAACCAGAGGUUUCUGUCACAGAACAAAAUGAACAGUCUUCAUAUAGGGAAACUUGGAAAGCUUCAAACAACUCGUCUAAUUACAUAUGUAACACACACAUGACAAACGAUGCAGAGAAAACAAGUGAAUAUGGAACUUCAGCUACGGCUAUUGAUGUCAGUGCCCAAGCAGCUGUGGUUAGUGCAAACAGAACCCACAAAUGUGAUAUUUGUGGCAAAUCUUUUGCUAGGUCACGUAAUCUUAAGACACACGAAUUACUUCACACUGGAAAGAAACCUCACAAAUGUGGUAUUUGUGACAAAUCUUUCGUUGCGUUGGAUACUCUCAAGAAACACGCAUUAAUCCACACUGGAAAGAAACCUCACAAAUGUGAUACUUGUGGCAAAUCUUUUGCUAUGUCAGCUGAUCUCAAGAAACAUUUAUUCAUACACAUCGGAAAAAGAUAUCACAAAUGUGAUGUUUGUGGCAAAUCUUUUUUUAUGUCGGGUGAUCUCAAGAAACACACAUUCACACACACCGGAGAAAGACCUCACAAAUGUGAUAUUUGUGGCAAGUCUUUUGCUCUCUCAGGUAAUCUCAAGAAACACUCAUUCGUACACAAUGGAAAAAGACCUCACAGAUGUGAUACUUGUGGCAAAUCUUUUGCUAUGUCAGGUGACCUCAAGAAACACAUAUUCAUACACACCGGAAAAAGACCUCACAAAUGUGAUGAUUGUGGCAAGUCUUUUGUUAGGUCGGGUGAUCUCCAGAAACAUGCAUCCACACAAAAUGGAAAAAGACCUCACAAAUGUGAUAUUUGUGGCAAAUCUUUCGCUAGGUCAGGUAAUCUCAAGCAACAUGAAUUCAUACACACCGGAAAGACACCCCACAAGUGUGAUAUUUGUGGCAAAUCUUUUGCUAGGUCAGGUAAUCUUAAGCAACAUGUAUUCACACACAUCGGAAAAACACCUCACAAAUGUGAUAUUUGUGGCAAAUCUUUUGAUGGAUCAGGUGAUCUCAAGUUACAUGUAUUAACACACACUGGAACGUAAACUCACAAGUGUGAAAUCUGUGUCAAAACUUAACACUGAGUUGGGUAGUCUGAAGAGUUAUGCAUUGGUACACUCUAGGAAAACUCCACAAAAUUGUAAUAUUUGAUGCAAAUCUCUUACACAGCUGGCUUAUCUCAAGUGAUGUGUUGUUACACUGAAAACUGACCUCACAGAUAUGAUUGCUGUAGCAAAUAUUUUGCUGUGUUGGGUAUUCUCAAAGCACUUGCAUUACUUCAUAUAAGAAAGAGGGCACAAAUAAGUGUUACUUCAAGCAAAUAGGUGUCUACCAUAGGUGCCCUCAAUUCCCACAAAAUAUGGAUGUUGCAGGGAGACAAUAAAUUUGUGAUACCUUUGAAUUAACAUUAAAAUAUGCAGAAUUGUGAAAAACUGGGUAAUAAUGUGUACCACACAGUGGUCAUAAAUAAUGUUACAAUAUAUAACUCCUUGUAUGCAGUUUGAGGUGACUCCUACAAAAAAAGUGAGUCAAAUGUGUUUGUCAUUAAUGCAGCUAUUUUUCCUAUUUAACUGUACAUGGAGGUUGCGAAUUGUGUCAAAUCCCUUACAUAUGUCACUAAUCAUAAAUAUCAUGCUGUAUUCAGUACAGGGCCAAGGAAAUGUGAUGGUUUGCCAGUUAUUAUAUAGAAGAUAGUCAUGUGCUACAUUCAGCUCUGCAUUAUAGGCACAGUGACAGCAAAAAUACAGAGUGAUUCUAACUAUUGCCACCUAGAAUAACUGUGGAAGUAUGAUGGUAGCUGAAAAUUUUAUGGGACAGAUGUUGCAAGGGACAGCAGAGGCCAUAAUAUGACAUAGGGCUUUUGUCCCUAGAUGGGGUCCCUUCAGAAAUAUGAAUGUCAAUUAUGUUUU